GACCCGCGAGUGCAGGUAAUCCAAGUGGUGCACCUAGUACGCCGGGGGCACGCGGCGGGACAGGCGCGCAUAGAGAAGGGCUUACUGGAAGUGGCGCCAGUAGCAGUGCGUCUGCGACAUCACACAAUGCCCCAGUUGUGAUGCGUUGUCAUCGCGUACCACAGCAGGCUCUGCGAAC